GAGACCAGAUCGAUCCAGGCAGCCGGGGAGAGAGGAGGAGGGAGCCUCACAUCCCGGGUUGCUGCUGCUGGGGAGGCAUGCGAGCCGCUGGGUUUAUUAUCUGUAUUUACCGAGUGGUUACAACGGUCUAACAGCGCACGGACAGAUGCUGCUGGGAACCGCAAGCUGAGACUCUGGCACUGGAUAACGUCCACUUGUAGCUUGGAAUCUGACAUUGCAAACCUGACCCAGCUGUCUUUUCAUAGUGUUCAGUGACAUAACUUCGGACUGGUCACAAUGAAUGUCACAAGCUUGUUUUCCUUUACUAGCCCAGCGGUGAAAAAGCUGCUUGGGUGGAAACAAGGUGACGAAGAAGAAAAAUGGGCUGAGAAAGCUGUAGAUGCUUUGGUAAAAAAGCUGAAAAAGAAAAAAGGAGCAAUGGAAGAACUAGAAAAAGCCCUAAGUUGUCCAGGACAGCCUAGUAACUGUGUUACCAUUCCCCGCUCCCUGGAUGGGCGAUUACAAGUUUCUCAUCGCAAGGGCCUUCCACAUGUCAUUUAUUGCAGAGUCUGGCGCUGGCCGGACCUACAAAGUCACCAUGAACUGAAACCCUUGGAAUGCUGCGAGUAUCCCUUUGGUUCUAAGCAGAAGGAAGUUUGUAUAAACCCAUAUCACUACAAGAGAGUUGAGAGUCCUGUUCUUCCUCCAGUGCUCGUCCCAAGACACAGUGAAUACAACCCUCAACACAGUCUUCUGGCUCAAUUCCGCACCUUGGAGCCAAGUGAGCCCCACAUGCCUCAUAAUGCCACUUUUCCAGACUCUUUUCAGCAGCCAAAUAGCCACCCGUUCCCUCACUCGCCUAACAGCAGCUACCCAAAUUCUCCUGGAAGUAGCAGUACUUAUCCACACUCCCCAGCUAGCUCUGAACCUGGGAGCCCUUUCCAAAUUCCAGAUGUUCAGGCUGUAGCCUAUGAGGAGCCAAAGCACUGGUGUUCUAUUGUCUACUAUGAGCUCAACAAUCGUGUAGGAGAAGCUUUUCAUGCCUCCUCAACAAGUGUGUUGGUGGAUGGUUUCACUGAUCCUUCAAACAACAGGAACAGAUUUUGCCUUGGGCUCUUGUCCAAUGUGAACCGCAAUUCCACUAUUGAGAACACCAGGCGGCAUAUUGGAAAAGGUGUUCACUUGUAUUAUGUUGGUGGUGAAGUAUAUGCAGAAUGCCUAAGUGACAGCAGCAUAUUCGUUCAGAGCCGGAAUUGUAAUUAUCAUCAUGGAUUUCACCCUACCACAGUUUGCAAAAUUCCCAGUGGAUGCAGCUUGAAGAUUUUCAACAACCAGGAAUUUGCUCAGCUCUUGGCACAGUCCGUAAAUCAUGGCUUUGAAACAGUGUAUGAGCUCACAAAGAUGUGCACUAUCAGAAUGAGUUUUGUGAAGGGGUGGGGUGCUGAGUAUCACCGUCAGGAUGUAACAAGCACCCCCUGCUGGAUUGAGAUUCAUCUUCAUGGCCCUCUUCAGUGGCUGGAUAAAGUACUUACUCAGAUGGGCUCACCCCAUAAUCCUAUUUCUUCAGUCUCUUAAUUGAGCAGGACACUAAUGUCUAUGAAUGCAGUGGAGCCUUGCAUGUACUUGAAGGAUGUUUGAGUCAAACAUACUUGCAAAGAGGACUUAAUCUUUUUGGGGGGUAGCCUCUAAUACUUGAUGAUUGUGACCAACUCAACAUGAGGGGGAGAGGAUGAGUUGAAAAACUGUAUUUAGUUCCAUUGUACAGCUGCUUUCUAAGGUGGCCCUUACAAAGGCCUCAAAAUGUUCGUUUUAGGAUUUGUAUACCGAGGAGCAUUGUAAAAGAAAAAUAAUGCUGUGUAAAGAAAGUGUCCUGGUAGCUGUGUACAAGUCAAUGAGUCAUUUUUUUGGCAUGGGGAGAUAAUACAGCAAUUUUUGUCUUUUUUAUUGGGGGGGGGGGUAAUCUAAGAAGCAAGUAGGUUCUGUAGUAGUUUGUACAUGAAAACUUUUUUUUUUAAAUGGUGUAAAUACUAUUGUCAGGAUGUUAGCACAUAUUUCCUGUUAAUGUAUCAUGUUGCCCCCUACACAAACAGCUCAUUUCCUGUUAAAAUAAAUUGUUGUCCUGCCCCCACGCCAUUUUUUUUCCCUAUUUAGCCCAUGUCUAAAUAUGCUAUGUUCCAACAUUAAGAGUAAGCAGGGAGAUUGAGACACUGUGCCAGAUUAAAAAAAAAUGAAUAAAAAAAUGAGCACACUUAGUUA